AUGGUUUCCCGUCUUCGACCCACAGAAGCACGGGGUCUGGAGACGAGACCCAAGAAGGAAAGCACUCUUAACACAAAUCUUCUCGAUGUCGAUCUUAUAAGAGGAACGGCUUUCGUAAAGGCGAAGCCGAAGCACGACUGGACUGCAGUGGUAUGGCGCGGCAUGAAGACGACUGCUUUCGCAACCAUACACUGGGACUACUGGCGUCGUCACACCUCUCCCCGGAUGGCUGCCUACAUCAUCUUCCACUUCGUUCUCCAACUUCUGCAAGCUGUUUGUUUCCUUCUUGUGGACCCUAAAAACGCCAAGGUGACGGAGAGCGAUGUGUUUGUGCCACUGGCAAUGGGCUUGUGUCUGGGCAUCCUCCACGCGCAGAUAACCUCGCACACCCCUCACCAGUACUCGGGUACUUCGGGGGUAAAGUCUGUUCCCCCGCAGACCGCUACCCCCGUCUCCGACUUCGCAGCAGAGGCGCCAACUUCAGCCACCAUCUCGACGCAAUUCAGUGCUCCAAAGGCCGCUAACUCGAGCCCACAGCUUCGUCAGAUGAAGGACUGUGUCUCAGUCAAGUCCUCCAAACGACCUAGACGGAAGCUCAGAAAUUCCCCUCCUCCCAGUCCCGUUUCAGACGAUGGCGCCAACAAUUCAGAUGUCUUCGACAAUGCAGAGUAA